UCUGCACUUUGAAACUCUGCUGGUUCCCCUUCGCCACACCAAGGUUUCCUGAGUUUCCGAGGUUUCCUGAGGUUUUCUCCGGCCAGCUUUCGUCCAGCCGGGGCCAUGAUCUGGUGUCUGCGACUGUCCCUGGUCCUGCUAGCCGUCCACCUGGCCGCCGCCGCUAACGUGUUCCUGGACGGUCCGGCGGCUAGCCAGGUCCUGAUCCGGCAUAGACGAGCCAACAGCUUCCUGGAGGAGCUGAAACAGGGGAACAAGGAGCGCGAGUGCGUGGAGGAACGCUGCGACUGGGAGGAGGCACGCGAGAUCUUCGAGAACGUGGACAAAACGAACGAGUUCUGGGCCAUUUAUGUCGAUGGAAACUCGUGCGACUCAAACCCGUGCGCUCACAGCGGCCAGUGCAAGGACGGGAUCGGCAGCUACACCUGCUACUGCCCGGAGGGAUUUAAGGGCUUCAACUGCGAAAUCGUUAUUCCUGAACUUUGUGAGAACAGAAACGGCGGCUGUGAACAUUUCUGCCACGUCGUGGAAGGAAGUGCCACUUGUUCCUGCGCCGACGGAUAUUUCCUGGCGUCGGACGACAAAUCCUGUCACUCCAACGAGCGGUUCAAAUGUGGCGCCAUCGUGUCGGACAGCGUUCGGACCAUUUUCACGUACGAGAGAAAGAACGUGACGGAGGCUAACGUGGACGUAAACACCACCGAGAUGAUGGACGUCGACUCCGUUCCCUCUGGUCCGAUCAACGAGUCCUACGUUUCCGAGCAGACGAUAAUCCCUCAGAGAUCGGGACACACUCGGAUCGUCAACGGAGAGGACUGUCCUCCAGGACAGUGUCCAUGGCAGGCUCUCCUGCUGAACGAGGACGACCAGGGAUUCUGCGGAGGAACAAUCCUGAACGAGUACAUCAUCCUGACGGCCGCCCACUGCAUGAACCAGUCACGCUACAUUUACAUCAAGCUAGGCGAGUUCGACACGUUGGUGAACGAAGGAACUGAAUCCGUUCACGAAGUGGCCGCGAUCGUCACGCACUUCAAAUACAUCCCGGAAACGUAUCACAACGACAUCGCGCUGCUCAAACUGGCCACGCCCAUCAAGUUCAGCAAAUACAUCGUCCCCGCCUGUUUACCCGAGACAGACUUCGCUGAAAAGGUGCUGAUGCGUCAGCCCGACGGAAUGGUUAGCGGUUUCGGCCGCCUCGGCGAAGGCCGGCAGGUUUCCACGAUCCUGCAGCGUCUCAGCAUCCCGUACGUGGACCGGCAGACCUGCCGCGACUCCACGCAGCUGCGCAUCACCAUGCGCAUGUUCUGCGCCGGCUACGACACCAUCGCCAAGGACGCCUGCCAGGGCGACAGCGGCGGCCCGCACGUCACGCGCUACCGCGACACCUACUUCGUCACCGGCAUCGUCAGCUGGGGCGAGGGCUGCGCGCAAGACGGCAAGUACGGCGUCUACACGCAAGUAUCCAAGUACGUCCGCUGGAUCCGCGAAGGCAUCGACAGCCUGAUGCCCAAAGAGAGAAACGGCGGGAACAAAAGCCGGCGGAAGAGAAGCCGCGGCCCCAUCCAGAGAAUCUACCUGUGAAGAGGAUUCAGUCGUCGGCAAAAAGUACAAAUCUGGCAGUAAUCGCCCCCAAAAUAGUCGCAUUUCAGACAAACAUACAACCAAGACUGAGCUGGUGCUGGAGUUCAUCAAGGCUCUAGUCUGGGGCCUUUACAUUUUCAGUUUGAAACCAGUGGUGGGUUUUAUUAUACAUGUUAGCCCUAAAAAUCUGUUGAUAAAGCUUUAAUUGCUAAGAAGGCUAGUAAAUAGCUGCUAGUUUUGGUGGAUUUAGUAGCUUACUGUCCAAUAUUAUUAAAAGUUUUGAAAAGUUACAAUUUGUGUGCAAACCAAUAUCUUUUGUCAUUUAUUCAUUUGGUUAUUUUUCACAGUUACUGGCAGAAAUUUGAUAAUAAUCUGAAAAAAAUAAAGAAAAAUUAAGAAAAAGAGUGGUGUUUUUAAUAAUUAUUGAAAUGUUCUUACUUUUUUACUGACUGAAGAGAAGUCAGUUUUACAUCAUAUGUCAGAGAAAUGUCUUUCCUUUUUGGCUACAGGAAUUUCUUGAAAUGUUACAAAUACAAGCUUUACUUAUAAAUGUACGUUUGCAUAAUGAAUAAAAGCUUAAUUUUUGUG